AUGGCAGAUCUGGCUAAGAUUAACUACGAGACGGUCAGAAAUCUUGAACUUUUGGUUCCAUCCGUGGAGGUUUCAAGUUUGAAUAGUCUUGUAUCAAGUGGCCAGGUUCUCUCUGAGUUUAGUCCUGUCCAGCGAAAGCAGAUUUUGCUCAGAUUACGCUCUUUUGAUGACCGCAUUCCGUCGUUAUUCUCAUUCUUCGAAGAUUUUAAAUGUUUUGAAAAAUGGGCACAUUGUGUGCAUCGUCUUUUUGAGCUGAAUGGUCACACUGUUCGACAGAGAAUGGACCGGGAAUGGAGACCCAGAUCAUUCUAUAUAGAGACCGGGGAGAAUGCCUAUUCCGAAGGAAGUCCCGCGGGUUCCGAUGGAUUCGACUUAGCAUACCGACAGAUAUGGCUCUUUGCGAUGCGCCACUACCCGGACAUACCUCAGAGCAGCAAGAAGGAACCCCAAUAUGUGGGUUCGCUGCAGAGCGAAGUAGACGAGAAUAUCCUAGCUAAUAUGGCAAAACUGGCAUCUAAGCUCGGGUUUCAGUCCAGCAAAAUUCACGAUCUUCUUGAGAGGUCACCAGACCAUCUUAUGGCUAAGCAGGCCUUACUCAAAGCACGCAAAAAAGACCAAUUCUCGUAUGAUGAGCAUAUUUUUGAAUCACUGGUUGAACGGGUUGUAGAGUGCUUCAAUGCAGCGACGCCGAAAAGCCAUGAUAUUUCUGAAAGACAGCAACACCAGAUUAACCGAAAGCAUCGCUGUGGACACCCUGUCAAAUCUCAAUUUCUUAGCUGCUCUCAAUCUUUGUUUCUCGCUAAGAUUCAUUGGGAUUGGCUGAUGCCCGCAAAUGUAACAGCAUUGCUAGUGCAGCGGAGUAUAUAUCUAGCUUUUUUUUGGGCCAUUAUCAAGUGGCUCAAAUGA